GACGGCGGCGGCGGCGGCCGGGCUCCGGGAGCGCCGUGCCGGCUGAGGCGAGCGGGGAGGCGGCCGCGCGUCCACCGAGGGGCCGGCGGGCGCUGUGUGAUGUUCAGGCUCAGAGAUGCCGUAUGUGGAUCGUCAGAAUCGCAUCUGUGGCUUUCUAGACAUUGAAGAAAAUGAAAACAGUGGGAAGUUUCUUCGAAGGUACUUCAUACUGGAUACCAGAGAAGAUAGUUUUGUAUGGUACAUGGAUAAUCCACAGAACCUACCUUCUGGAUCAUCACGUGUUGGAGCCAUUAAACUUACCUACAUUUCAAAGGUUAGCGAUGCAACUAAGCUAAGGCCAAAGGCAGAGUUUUGUUUUGUUAUGAAUGCAGGGAUGAGGAAAUACUUCCUACAAGCCAAUGAUCAGCAGGACCUAGUAGAAUGGGUAAACGUGUUGAACAAAGCUAUAAAAAUUACAGUACCAAAGCAGUCCGACUCACAGCCUCACUCUGAUAACCUAAGUCGCCAGGGGGAAUAUCCAUGUGCAAAGAAGCAAGUGUCUUAUAGAACGGACAUCGUUGGCGGUGUCCCCAUUAUUACUCCAACUCAGAAAGAAGAAGUCAACGAAUGUGGCGAAAGCAUCGACAGAAACAAUUUGAAACGGUCCCAAAGCCAUCUUCCUUACUUUACUCCUAAACCACCUGCAGAUAGUACAGUUAUCAAAGCUGGUUAUUGUGUGAAACAGGGAGCAGUGAUGAAAAACUGGAAGAGAAGAUAUUUUCAGUUGGAUGAAAACACAAUAGGCUACUUCAAAUCUGAACUGGAAAAGGAACCUCUCCGUGUAAUACCACUUAAAGAGGUUCAUAAAGUUCAGGAGUGUAAGCAGAGUGACAUAAUGAUGAGGGACAACCUCUUUGAAAUUGUAACUACAUCUCGAACUUUCUAUGUGCAGGCUGAUAGCCCUGAGGAGAUGCACAGCUGGAUUAAAGCCGUCUCUGGCGCCAUUGUCGCACAGCGGGGACCCGGCCGGUCAACGUCUUCUAUGCGGCAGGCCAGAAGGCUGUCGAACCCUUGUAUUCAGAGGAGCACUCCACCUGCCCUGCAGAACCCCAGCAUGCUCUCCGGCCCACCGGUGCCUCAGCAGCCCCCUCACAUUCCACAGCCACUCGCAGCAGCUCUCUGGUCUCAAGCUUUACCAUGGAGAAGCGAGGAUUUUACGAAUCUUUUGCCAAGGUCAAGCCAGGGAGCUUCAAGAUCCAGACUCUCUCUCCAAGAGAACCAGCUUCCAAAGUGACUGAGCAAGCUGUCCUGAAACCUCAAAGUAAAAGUGGCCCUCAGGAAAAAGAUGGCGGCCCGGUGGACUUGGAUGACGCAAGCCUUCCUGUCAGCGAUGUGUGAAGAUGGAAGCUUACGGAGCCCGACUGCCUCCUCCGUCCGUCCCUUUGUUUCCUUUCAUGAGGCUUCUCGCCAAAGAUGAUAAAGGGCGAAAUGGUUUUUAAUGUAUAUGUUAUACUGCCUCUGAGAGCACUCUUUAUAAGCUGGUAAGCGAAGAAUCUAGGGAGUGGCCAAACUGAGUGUAAUUUAAGAAAAAGAAAAAAACCGAAGUGACUCAGUACCAGCUGUCCAAAGCUUUGUGUAUUCUCAUUUGGGUGAUAAAAAUGUGUGUGCGUGGUAUUUUUUCCUAGUGAAUUUGACAGUUUAAAUGUUUAACAACUUAAAACAUUAAAAAUGCUUAUUAAUUAUUUUGGUCGUUUUAAAAAUGCUACGCUGACUUCCUUUUAAAUGUUCGAUAUUUACACAUUCUUACUGAUGAAUGGUAUUGAGUGGAAUAUUGCCAGACAAAGAUAUCCAGAGUCACAGUGUCUGUGGUGCUGUAAGGUUUAUGCUACAAUGUGGACUGUUUUGAAAAUUGCAACCAUUGUUGAUGCCCUGGAUGGAUGUCAAGGUGAGUGGUCAGUUUUGCACAGAGGAUGUUAUUGGACCAUCGGUUGGGGCUGUGGGUCAUAUUGGGGACCCAUAGUGGGUCAAAAGGGGAAAGCUAGAAUUCAAACAAGUAUGUCUGGGACAUUUAUUUGAAGACCCGUAAUCAGGAUUGCGGCAGUCAGUGCUUUAUGUAACGAAAACUGUCACUUGGUCUGAAAUGGUUGGGAGAUCUGAUUUUCUUAGCAAAGUUUUGUAACUAGUGCUUGUUUCUGUAUUUGGAUCAGUGAAAGACCUCAAGUUGAUACUGAAAGACCUAACUGAUAACCACCCUGAGUCAUGUAAUCAUGGGCUGAGUUUUGUUACUAAUAACCUAUAUUCAAGUGCCCGUGUUCUCAUCUCAUUUAGGAAUGUUUUGACACUGCUGUGCUCAUAAGUCCUACACGAUGGGUUUUGAACAUUGGGGUAAAAUUAACUUUUAGUAACGGUUUAGUGUGUUACAUCAGAUAGCAUUUUAUGUUAGAGAUAGCAGAUGCUGGCAUUCUUCUACCUGUGCAAUAUGUAUGUUUUAAAAAAAACAAAUCUGCGUGCACAUUUAAUGGUGGCGAUGUCAUAAAUACAAACACCUCUCUAAAGGAUCCUCGGUUUCAGGUGUUGAGUAAUAGAGCAGUUUGAGCAAGUACCGUUUUUGCGGCUCAGUCGUAAACAUUUGCUUUAAGAAGACUGUCUUGAAUUUCAUGUGCUGCUAUUUUUAUGAUAUUUUGCCAUUUUUAUAAUACUGUUCUGUUUUGGAUUUGUCCAUAUCACCAUUUCUCCUUUUUCUAAGUUGACUUCUUGUUGGGGGGAGAGAGAAAUUUCCUACUACAGUGGUGGGGUCCAGAGGUUUUAAUAUCUGUCAUACCAGAAUUACCUAGCAGCCGUUGAGAAAUUCAAAUGCAUGAAGUGUGCACCGCCCAACUUUCUUAUUCAUAAGCUGAUAUCUUUCAAAGUUAUAUUUAGAUUUUUCCCCUUUUGCAGCUACACCUGAAAUAAAUAGAAUCCAAAGAUUCUAAAUAGUUAUCACUUUUGCCGACACCUCUGUAAUGCUCUUUUGAAAGACCUUUCAGGAACACAUCUAAGCAAUCUUGUGUAGACACUUCGCAAUAUUCAAGAGUCAAAUGCCAUUCUCUCUGGUACAGCUUUCCCACUGCAUGUUCAUUUGGCAUAUUUUGGUAUUGGUAAUUUGAUAUAUUUCAUGGCAGCAGAAUAUUAGCUCUAUUUUGAGACUUUUUAUAGAAAUACCCUUAUAGUCAGCAGCAUAGGAAAAUAUCCUUGUGAUUGUCAGGGUCUCCUAAUAUUUAUCUCAAUACUUUUAUCAUUCUAUGAAAAUUAUUUAAUUAUUUUAAAACUUAUACAUUCUUGUAAAUAUGUCACAUCUCAGUUGUCCAAAAAAUUACUUUGAAUACCUUAAUAAUUGCUGCAUUUGUUUGUCUGUACAUAACAUGUCUUCUUUCAGGAUGGGAAUCCCAAGUGUCCUCCCAGUGUUUACUUUUGUAUCUGUGAUCUUUAUAUGUCAGACUGGUUGAACACUGUAAUGACUGGAGAAUAAACUGGUCAGAAUUCAUCUCA